GCGUCCUCGUGAAUUUAGAAUAAGCGCGUCGAGAGCAAGAUCUACCAGCAAUAUGGCGCCAACGAGGGUCACGCCGCAUAGAGAGGGCACGACGCGUGCAGCGUAUUCUCUGGACGGUACGCAUGUAUUUACCACAGGCUGCGACGGUGUGGUCCGUCGCUUUAAAUUGGGGUCACCGGAUGAACCUGUUGUUCUUGACGCGCUUCACGAUGAUGCUUCCUCUGGCAUUGCUACGUCAAACGACAAGCUAGUGACUUGUUCGGAAGACGCGACAGUGUCCAUUUUUGAUAUCAAAGGAACUGUGGCCGAUAAGCUAUGUCGAUGCUCGCUACCAAUACGCGAAGUGGCAUUCAGUCCUGACGGUGCUUGGGUCGCCAUCGCCUCAGAUGAGACCAAGGUGCGAAUUGUCAAUGUGGAGGAUAUGACUCGUGUCAUGGAAUUGACUGCAAGUCUGGCCAAGUCAAUCAAGCAUGUCUCAUUUCAUCCAUCCGGUAAUAUGAUUGCAGCUGUCGACACAAAUGGUGUUAUUCGCAUCUAUUCCUUGUCUACGGAAGAGCCCAGCAUUCUUGAGUCACUCUCUGGCAUUGUGCCAAUCCUGCAUGAUGCUGCGUCUAAAGUUUCUUGCAAAGUUGCUUGGCACCCUGAUGGAGCCUCGUUCGCUGCACCAAUUAGCACGUUUGAAGUGGUUGUACACGAACGUUCCGGCUGGUCUCGGCAGGUCACCUUCAAGUCUGGCUCAGAUGGUGGGCAUACAGAUAGUAUCCUCGAUCUAGCUUGGUCCCCAAAUGGUGCCUAUCUGGCGACUGCUUCCCUUGACAAGACCUUGCUGAUCUGGUCGACAAAGACGCAGGAAGUUGUCGAAACAAUUUCAUUGACUGAACCGGCCACGCAGCUGCUCUGGCAUCCAAAUAAAAACAACCUCUCGUGGACGACCAAUCAAGGUGAUUUGUACACGCAAGAGGAAGUAAUCAAGGCCGGUCCAUCUCCCUGUGCCCGACCUUUACAUCCCUCACCCAUCACAACAGGAGCGUCAGUGACUGGCGCUGUCAAUGGUGCUGCGAAAACAAAUGGGCACAAGCUGUUUGAUGACUCUGCCUUGGAUGGCGAUAUUGACAUGGGUAGUGUGAGUGACGGUGAUCUGAAUGAAGCGCUCGAGAAUGGUGCAGCUGACUGGAUCGACGACGACGAUGGUGCAGGAUACAUUCCCAACCUCGAUUCCCGUAAACGUACGGCUGAAGGCUACAAUACACCACUUGGCUCGCCCUCAGCAAAGAAGCGCCAUCGCUCAGCGACUGGCCGAGCAGAUUUCUCUGUCCAUGAACCCGUGCAGCCAGGUUCAACACCGUUCCGUGGCGGUAGAAGGUAUCUGGCACUCAACAACAUUGGUUGGAUUUGGACUGUAGAGCAAGAAGACCAUCACACAGUCACGGUCGAGUUCCACGAUCGUGAGGCGAAUCGACAGUACCAUUUUUCAGAUGGCUCGUUGUUUAGCUUUGCGGCACUGGACGAGACUGGUGCGUUGUUUGCUUCAGGCAUGAGGUCCAAUGCCGAAGGGAUCAAAUUGGCGUCUGUCGUGCAUUACCGCCCGCAUGCAUCAUGGGCAGCGUAUGCCAACUGGACGACCGAGCUGCCCGCUGGAGAGGACAUCCAAGCUAUCGCUCUAUCGAGCAGCAGUGUAGUGGUUUGCACGAGCAAAGGGUACGUGCGAACUUAUUCUUUGAACGGCGUGCCAAAGAAUAUCUUCAUCAACAAGCACAGUCCUUUUGUGGCUGCUAUUGCAAGAGGCAAUUAUGUCUUGACGGUGAGCAAUAGCCAUGUCCGGGGCAAUGGCAGCGCGGCCUUGUCCUACAUGGUAUACCACACUGCUCGCGAAGAAAUCAUACAGCAAGAUGACGGUCUACCACUCAAUCCAGGUGAGUCACUCAAAUCCCUGUUCUUCUCAGACGAUGGGUUUCCCUACAUCUACACCACAGAUGGCAUACUGAGCUGCUUGACUCGAUGGAGGCAACCAGGUCAAGCACAAUGGCGUCCUGUGCUCGAUACGAAUUUACUGCAACGUCGCAUUGGUAAAGACGAAAACUACUGGCCUGUUGGCUGCACAGCUGAGCAAGGUGGUCAAUUCCAGUGUAUCAUCCUGAAAGGUGCUGAACGGCAUCCUUACUUUCCGCGGCCAAUUACCAGUGAGCUGGCGUAUGAGGUUCCUAUGGUGGCACCAGAUCACAUUGCUGGAAGUAUCGCUUCCUUGGAGAAUGCACUCGCAAAGGACAAGAUUCUGGAAAUCUUCGCGGAGGAGAAUUUGGAAGCUGGAGCGGGUGGCGAUGCCGAUGUGGAGGAGGCUCUACAAAGAGAGCAAAUUGUGCUUGAGACACAGCUGGAUAGAUCGCUGAUUCAAUUGAUGAAUUUGGCGUGCAAGGCAGAGCAGGAUGCAAGAGCUUUGGAUCUUUGCGAGAUGAUGCGUCGCCCAGGCAGUCUCGAUGCAGCGCUCAAGGUCGCCAGUCACCAUCAUCGACUCAAUUUGGCACAACGGAUCAAUGAGCUGGCCGAGGAGCGAGCCAUCAUAUAAGCUUAAGCAUUAGUCCUUUGUGACCAUUCAAUCAGGAGCAAUGUAUAUCUGGUGUUACGUUCCAGACAUCAAUCGUCGGUUCAUCCAGGUUGCCAUGCUCGUAGCCUAGUCUUGAAGCACCGCCAGCGUCAUAAGUCAGCCGCCUAGCGAAGUGUACAGAUUCACCGACCCAGCGUGCGGCAAAGGCGCGUAAAAUAUGGCCAUGAGCAACGAUGAGGACGUUGCGCUGUUGCCCAGCUUCAUGUCCUGCUUUGUGAACAUCGCGGACCUCGCCAAUGAGGCGGUCCAGGCGUUUCGUUGCGCUUUCGGCAUUGUCGCCUUGAGGGCAUCCAUCAAGAAAAACAUUCCACGGGCGUGAGCCAGCUAGCUGCUCAUUGAUCUGCUUUGAGGUCAAGCCUUCAUAUGCGCCAUAGUCCC